AUGGCUAUCGAACAACACAAGAGGCGUGUCGUGUUACUGCGUCUGUGUUGUAAUCGUCUUCUGAAGGAAUACUUGCAAUUGGGCGGUAUCAAAGCAUCCCGGCACAGAGUAUUUAGUGGAUUGAGCAGCCGGGAUAAAGGCACACUUGCAUUGAAUCCUUCGUACGAUAAGGUCGUUGCUUCUGCGCUAAAGCCGCCUGAAACGGGCGUGCUCUUAUCCACCAUCAACUCACCACUGCUGCUCUUACGGAACGGUGUUGCCAGGCUCGGCGGUCAACAUCCUUCGUUCAGCGGACAGUCGGUUGAUCAAGGCAUAUCAAAAGGCUCGUUCUUUCACAGCUCUCACUUUCACAUUCGAACACAUCCAUCCCAACUACUCAUUCUAUUCAAUAUAACAGUUUGUGAUUCGGCCAUCGAUUCUGUCACCUUUAAUCAACAUCUUCUACCAUCAGCUUCUUCUCUACCGGAUCACGGUGUAAUUCCGGAUUACGGGAAAACAAUGGUGCAGUCCACCAAUAGCGAACAAGAUUUGCAGCAAUACAUCAUACACGCACAAACAGUAGAUAUGAAAAAAUUGAUUUAUUGUGGUGGUUCCCUGUUGGACGCAGUGCAAAAGGCACGUCUGUUCCAGGACUGUAAGCAUUUCGUGGAUAUGCCACUUAAGGUAUCCGAUCGUGUGUUGGCUGAUCCGAAUCGAUACUCAUUGAUUGCAUUGCCGAAACCGUUCGUUGUACCUGGUGGGCGUUUUCGUGAAAUGUAUUAUUGGGAUAGUUUCUUCACCAUUAAAGGAUUACUUGCAUCCGGAAUGCAUGAAACUGUUCGAGGGAUGAUCGAGAAUAUGGGCCAUUUGAUCGAUAAGUUUGGUUAUGUACCAAAUGGCAAUCGUGUGUACUAUUUGAACCGUUCACAACCACCACUACUCACGUGGUGUUUAGCCGCAUACUAUGAAGCGACUGGCGAUAAAGAGUUUUUAUUGACUGGGGCGCGAUGGUUUGAGAGAGAAAUUGAAUUCUUUCAGAACAGAAGAUCAGUUCAGUUGAAAGGCGUUGCUUUUCCUCUCUAUAGAUAUCAUGUGAUUGCUGAAGGUCCUCGACCAGAGAGUUAUCGCGAAGAUAUGGAGAGUGCCGAGCACAUUCAAGACCUAAUUGAAAAACAACGACUUUGGGGUGAUAUAGCGGCAGCAGCCGAAAGUGGACGUGAUUUCAGUUCGCGUUGGUUCUCAAAAGAUGGACCUGUAGCUGGGAAAAUGGGUUCAACAAGAACCAGUUCCAUAUUACCAGUGGAUUUGAAUGCGAUUAUUUGUGGUAAUUGGCGUUUAAUGGCAAAUCUCUAUGAGGCGAUGAAUGAUCUCGUUAGUGCUGAACAAUGUCGUCAAAAUUUCAACGCAAUGCGUCAAGCAAUUCAUCAAGUAUUCUGGGAUGAGGAGUGCGGUUGUUGGUUCGAUUAUGAUAUUGUUACUGGCAAACACGUCACAGAUUAUAUGGAUACGAAUUUCUUCCCACUGUUCACUGGUUGUACGCAUGACGGAUUCAAUCCCUCAAAAGUGGUAUCGUAUUUGAGCAGUUCGGGAGCGUUAAGCUAUCCAGGUGGAUUGCCAAGUUCGUUGAUCGCUUCGGGUCAACAAUGGGAUUUUCCGAAUGCAUGGGCACCAACAACAUGGGUGGUGAUUCAAGGACUGCGUGCUACUGGUCAGAAAGAGCUUGCAAGACAGAUUGCUGAGAAGUGGAUUCGAAAGAAUUAUAGCAUGUGGGUGAGCACCGGGGGCCGAAUGUUUGAGAAGUACAAUGUUGACUCAGUGUGUCCGAAUGGAGUGGCUGGAGGUGGUGAGUAUGAAGUUCAAGAGGGAUUUGGAUGGACGAAUGGUGUGAUACUUGACCUCUUAAUGACCUAUGGACCAGAAUUAACAACUACUCCGGAAGAGACGAAUGAUUCGGCGUAUGAAUCGGAGAGUGACGAUGCAGAAAGCAUCAGAAGUGGAUCACCGUUCUCGAUGGAAAAUUGUCCAGUGUAA